AUGAAUAAAAACGAAGGUUUUACUACCAAACCUAAUCCAAUUUCUGAUCUCAAACCUAGUGGUGAGGAUAUUGUUGACAACAAUAUACCUGCUAUCUCAUCAACCAUGAAUAAUGAUAACCAGUCUCGCCAAGUGGUUAAUGAGCCAAAUAUUCCAUUUCGGAAUAAACGCAAAGGAAAACAUAAAGUCAUUCCCAACUCUGAUGACUUUGUUGAUAAUAAUGUAACUUUUACCGUGAAUAAUGACCAAUCAACCAACACCCUUCAAGCUCAAAAUGCCCAAAAUGAGGACGAGAGUAAAAAUGCUACCAAAGAACAUGUUCAUAUCGUAAGUGAUCGGGCCACCGACGUGGAUUCUAAUACAGAACGACGCCUUACCAAUAUGGAUUGUGAUCCGAUUCAGGCUAGUUCAAAAGUUAGGACGCGUGAGAAUGAUUUAGAACGAGAACGACAAGAUUUUAAAAAAGUGAAAUUGAUAAAUGAUUUUGAAGAACAACAACCUACUAAAACGACAGCCAUUCCGGUUCAGCCUAAAUUAAAGGAUUUUAGGAUGCGGGAGCAUGAACUAGAUCGAGAACGACACGCUGUUAAAAAAGUGAAACUAGCAAAUCAUUCUGGUGAAGAUUCAAGAAUUCAGCACGGUUCUACAUCACAAAAUGUUGGCAAUCCUUCUACCCAAAAUACGUCUUCUAUUAUAGUAGAGGGCAUCAAGAAGAGUUUUUCCAUGUUUAGAAGCUUCCUCAAAUCUGAUGAAGUUACAGAGAAUAAAGUCGUAGAAAUCAUUUUUCAUGUACACUUACCUACGAGCUUUCGUUCAGAGAAUCCUGUUAUUGUUGGUAGUAUAGAGGAACUUGGUAAUUGGCAAGAACCCAAAGUUAAACUUCAGCAAUAUACCAAAGGUAUUUCGGAACCUACUUCUUAUUGGUAUUCACAACCUAUUUACAUCCCAAUCGAAAGAUUUCAACAAAACGGUGUCGGAUAUAAGUAUGGAGUAUAUUCGGACGAUUGCUUACGAUUGGAAGGUGACGGCACGGAGGAUAAUCGUGUGCUGGAAAUUCAACGUCAUAAAUUUGAUAUUUGGAAAAGUAAUUCAACUUAUAGUAUAAAUCAAAUCACUGAUUAUAUGUUUCUAGAUGUCAUUUAUGAUUCCGUAACGUCAGAAAACAUCAAGGAGAUUAUUUUAUAUUAUGAUGAUAUCCUAAAACAGUAUCGUAAAUUAACUUUAUCAGUAACGAAUGUUCAAUUUAUUAGCAAACAUGUAUCUGAAAAUUCUAUUGGUAGACGGCUUUUCUUAUGCUUCCUUUUGGGACAUUGUUCUAAUUCUCGCGUGAGAUUUGAAUUGCCAAGAAACUUUCAAUCGGUUCCUUUGCUUCAAGCUUUUAUCAAUGUUCAAUCAGAAACAUUUCCAGCUGAUAGUUGGCAUAUUGUGUUUAAAGGAAUUGAUCAUUUAAUUCAUCACAAUAUUAAUCAUGGAUUAUUCGAUUGGCUUACCUUCUUUACCGUUGCACGAAAUUUCGAUCCUCAACUUAAGUUCAUUGACACAUUAACUUUUGUUAAAUGUGACGAUGACAAAUAUAUCGAAAAGUGUUUUGGAAUUAUACUGAAUCAUAAAUUUGAUAAAAAUACUCGUGGAAAAGUAUUCAAGUGGAUGAUGAAUCAAUGCAAAAACUUGAAUAUUUUAUCAAUCGUUUGGCGAUCUUCAGAUAAAAUUGACAAGCAAUGUUUGGUAGAAAAUGUUGAAAAAAUUAUAUCUAAAGAUGACCCUGUAGAUUUGCAUAAAAAGUUCACCGAGCUUUCUGAUGACAUUAGAGAUAUGGUCGUCGACCAAUUUAGGAAGAGGGUACUUAAAUUAUUAACCAAUGGUCGUCGUGCUAUUUGGGAUGACUCAAAAUCCCAAACGAUCUUUGAUCUCUUAACUUCUGUACAACUACGGUGGACGAAAGAUGAAUAUAUUGUUGUGUUGGAAUUAGUGUCGACCUUAGAAGAUUAUCAACUAUUAGACGGAUUUCCGUCAUUAUUAAAAAAUUGGAUCAAGAUUUCAAAUUUCGAUAAUAAUGGCGUGUUUCCAUCAUUAUUGAAAAAUUGGAUCGAAAUUCCUAAAGAAAUUGAUAAUAAAAUAAUUCAAAUAUGCAUCCAAUGGUACAACAAGCUUUUGGAUCGAAUGACAUCGCCCAAUUCGACGUCUCAUAAGGGAGAAUACGUAACCGCAGUUAUUGAGAAAUUGUCAAACUUCUGUUCAUUAGUUAAUGAGCAAUUCAUCUUGGAUGCGUUGAUGGAAAUAACACUCAAUCGUAUUAGACAGUCCUCAGAACUUUCUAUUUUUAAUGCUACAACCAAUGUUGGACAAUUUUGUUCAGAAGCGGUGCGUGCGUUUACAAUAGUUAUUGAGGAAAAGAUUGAUUCAAUGGAUCUAGAACACUAUGAACUUUUACUAAAGAAAAUGCAAGUCAUUUGUGGUUGCUCUGACAAAAGUUUAGAGAUUCCAAAUGAGUAA